AUGAGGCGCUGCGGCAGCACCUCCUCGCCGCUCGCGGCUGCUGCCCUGCUCCUCCUCCUCCUCCUCGUCGCCGGCUGCUUCCACUGCGCCGCCGCAGCUCGCCUCCUGCCGCCUUCUUCUGUCCCAAUCCCAGCUCUGGUUCACCAAGCAGAGAAUGGAGUCAAGGCUGCUGGUGCUGCAGACGGCGGCCUGGUGCUGCAGGAAGGUGGUGUGGGCAAUGGUGACGAGAUCUCCAUUCCCGAGAUGAUGGGAGCAGAGUCGGAGGAGGAGGAGGAGGAGGAGGCUGGAGUGGCGUGCGAGGAGGGCAACGACGAGUGCAUGCAGAGGCGGCUUCUCCACGACGCGCACCUCGACUACAUCUACACGCAGCACAAGGGCAAGCCAUGA